AUGGGGCACCACUCCUGCUGCAACAAGCAGAAGGUCCGGAGGGGCCUGUGGUCGCCGGAGGAAGAUGAGAAGCUCAUCAAGUACAUCACCACGCACGGCCAUGGCUGCUGGAGCUCCGUCCCGAGACAAGCAGGGCUGCAGCGAUGCGGCAAGAGCUGCAGGCUGAGGUGGAUCAACUACCUGAGGCCGGACCUCAAGAGGGGGAGCUUCUCGCAGCAGGAGGAGGCCCUCAUCGUCGAGCUCCACAGGGUUCUUGGCAACAGGUGGGCCCAGAUCGCCAAGCACCUGCCUGGUAGGACGGACAACGAGGUAAAGAACUUCUGGAACUCCACCAUCAAGAAGAAGCUCAUCUCCCAGGCUGUGGGCAGCCUCCACCCAGACCUGUACUACAAUAUUCUGGAUGGAGCAGCAGGGCAGGGCAUGGCGGCCGCCGGAUGCGCGCCGCUGAACGGGGCGGACAAUGCGGUGGCCCAAGCUGUCACAUUGAGCGCGCCGUCUCCUCCGCCCAUGGUGCACAACCCCGCCGCGGCGUGGACCGACUUCGUCUCCCAGCCGCUCUUCCUCCCGGGGAACAACGGCGUCCUCGGCAGCGGGAACGAUCUCCAUCCGUACGGCAUCGACGGGGAGUUCAUCAAGCUGUGCCGCGCGGCCGACGCGUUCCCGCCGCCGGAGAGCGGCGUCGCGAGCCAGUGCAAGCCAGCAGCUGGUCUCGUGGCUCAGCAAGAUGAGGGCGCCGCCGCCGCCGCCGUGCGGAGCCUCCCGGUGUUUCUUGAACCCAAGGGCGGCGCGGGCGCUUUCGCGGCCGAUCCGGCCAUGGGCCCCGUGAUGGACUUCAUGGAGGCCAUCCUGGGGUCGUCGUCCACGUCGGCGGUCAGCGCCUCGUCCGUCGACAGCUUCUCGGCGAGCACCGGCAUGCCGUCUCACUGUUGGAUCCCCUGAACGCAUCCUAAUAACUAGAUUCUUAGCGCUCAUUAUAUUACUCCGAUAGACGCAUGGAUUGAUCAAGCACAGCGGGAUCAGAUAUAUAGUACAAUAUAAUUUAUAAAAAAUAAUUAGACUGCUAAGUUUCUCAGGAUAG